AUGUAUUCAUCAUAUGGCAGCUCUAGCACUGGCACCACUUCAAAGUACUACAUUAAAUUUGAUGGACAAACAAUUGAAACAAAUGUGACAAACAAAGCUGCUGUUGCCAAUGAAUGGGCCAAUGCAAUGCUCUCCAAGUAUUCUGGAAGGCAAACAGUUGUGGGCUUAGACAAUGAAUGGAAGCCCACUUUUAGUCCAUACACUAGCAACAAAUCAGCCACACUCCAACUCUGCAUCGACAACACGUGUCUCAUAGUCCAAUUGUUUUAUUUGGACGAAAUCCCACAAACUCUUAAGAAUUUUUUGGGUAAUCCUAAUUUCACAUUUGUUGGUGUUGAGGUUGCUGAGGAUAUCCUUAAACUGAAAAAUGAGUAUGGUUUGGUUUGUACUAGUCAGGCUGAUAUUCGUGAUGUUGCUAAGAAUAAAUGGCCUGGUCGAUUUUCACGUCCAGGAUUGAAGGAUCUUGCUAAUGAAAUUUGUGGUCUUUAUAUGCCUAAGCCAAAACAUGUUUGUCAAAGCAAUUGGGAGGCAAGUGUUCUUAGUGAGGCACAAGUUGAAUAUGCUUGUAUUGAUGCUUAUGCUUCCUACAAGAUUGGACACAAGCUUCUUAUGGAAAAUUGAAGCUGUUU